UCUGUCAGACAAUCCUGACAGGUGUCCCCCCUCCUCAGAUGCCUUAGAAGUCAGAGGGUCUGGUGGAUGAUGACCACUCCAGGACCGUCUCAGGUUUCUGACCCAGGUAAAUUUAGCAAGACGCUGUCCACUUGCAUACGGCAGUCAGACACUUGAAGUGCUCCUAGAGUGAAGACACAACUUCUCUACUUGACCAGACUUGUGGAGUUUCAUAUAUACACAUCUUCUGAGAGGUCGGAAGAGACGAGAUCUACGGCUGGGAUCAAACACAUUAUGGAAUCAUGAUAUCAGCAGAGGAUGGUGAUGAGUUAGAUGAGGCUGUUGAGCAGUAUGCCACUGACACCACAUGGAGCUGGACCCUUCAGACCAUGAACUACGUGGGCCAGUUGGCGGGCCAGGUAUUUGUCCAGGUCAAAGAGCUGUACCGAGGUCUCAAUCCCGCCACCCUUUCCGGCUGCAUUGACGUCAUUGUAGUGAGGCAGCCCGAUGGCUCCCUGCAGUGCUCACCCUUCCACGUCCGCUUUGGAAAGAUGGGGGUACUCCGUUCCCGAGAGAAAGUGGUGGACAUGGAGAUCAAUGGAGAACCAGUGGAUCUGCAUAUGAAGCUUGGGGACAAUGGAGAGGCAUUCUUCGUGGAAGAAACAGAGAAUGAUCAGGAAGUGGUUCCCUCCUACCUGGCCACCUCUCCGAUCUUGUCAGAGGGGGCCGUCCUGAUCAGCUCCUCCCUGAUUGGGGGGAAGAGCUUGGGGCCACCUGUGCAGACCCUGGGCUCCACGGGGGCCAAUGGAGAGACCGGCAGUGGAAUGAUGAAGAAGAGGAGGAAGAGGAGGAGGAAGGCCCGGGUGGACAGCAUGAGGAGGGAGGAGAGCGGAGACUAUUCGGAAGACGAGGACAUGUUCACCAUAGACAUCAGCUCUGAUGAGGGGACAGAGAUGGAGAGCAACAGGUCUUCAUCUCGGGAUGUCUUAAGAGAAGAGACAGCAGUUGGUUCAUCUAGCGGUUCUUACAAACAGUCUGGCAUCUACACCCGUUCAGAUGGAGAGUGGAGUCCCAUCCAGAGCCCUGGGAACUCUCGUCCCACCUCUCCCAAGAGUGACUCUGAACUAAUGACCAAGCCGUCAGACGCAGACAAUGAGAAUCCAGCCAUGCACUGGGCGUGGGGAGAGCUGCCGCAGGCUGCCACGCCAUCCUUCCUCCCAGUCAAAUCCGACCCUCCACCAGUCUGCCCUGUAUCCAUCCCCGUGUCUGAAAGCACGCAUUUCCGAGUCAUUACUCACGAGACGUCUUCAGAACAGUGUGGGCCCUGCUCCGAGAUAUCGGCACUCAGGCUGCUGAUGUCCGAGGAGACCGAGGUCACAGAGCAAACGGUCGUCACAGUCGGGAUGGAGUCAGAAUCCACGAGGAUGGAGUCCCAGACGGUAACAUCAGAGACACAGGUUACAACAGCAGCGGGAAGUGUGGCAGCUGGUAUGAUGGCCGACAUGGAGGAGACGAUGUCGCGUCCGUUUGGCAAGACCGACUCUCCAUCCAAGAGAAAAGACAAGAGGAGCCGCCAUCUUGGAUCUGAUGGAAUUUACCUGGAUGACAUCACAGAGCUCGAGCCUGAAGUGGCGGCCCUUUAUUUCCCUAAGAGCGGCCCAACAGCGAGGAGCAUCUCAGACCCGGGCCUCCACAGCACCAGUCUGUCCCCGCAGUCAGUCAGCUCUGGAGGAGACAGCGGCGUGGACAGCUUCUGUGACCACAUGUCCGACUUGCCGUCCAUCGCCAUCUCCCUGUGCGGAGGGCUCACCGACAACAGGGAGAUCACUAAAGAGCAAUUCCAUGAGAAGAUAAUCUCCUACCAGCAGUUCGCAGAGAACCCCUCCAUCAUCGACGAUCCCAACUUAGUUGUAAAAAUCGGCUCCAAAUACUAUAAUUGGAGCACUGCGGCUCCACUUAUGCUGGCUAUGCAAGCCUUUCAGAAACCUCUGCCAAAGACUGCAGUGGAAAACAUCAUGAAGGAGAAAAUGCCCAAGAAAGGAGGGAGGUGGUGGUUCUCCUGGAGAGGCCGAAACAGCAGCACCAAAUCGGAUUCGGUCUCACAGUGUGGGGCCUGCGGCUCUGAUGAGCAGGCUGGUAAACUGACAAGCAGGCAUAAAGAAGAAUCGUCCUCAAGUGACGAGGACCACCGAGCAGCCAACCAGAGCUCUCCCUCCACCCAAUCAGAGCCUGGGCUCGCAUCAGGAGGCGUGUCUUAUAAGAAAACACUACGACUCACAUCAGAGCAGCUGAUGUCUCUCCAGCUGCAGGACGGUCCCAACGAUGUUGUGUUCAGUGUGACCACUCAGUACCAGGGAACCUGUCGCUGUCAGGGAACCAUCUACCUCUGGAACUGGGACGACAAGAUAAUAAUCUCAGACAUAGAUGGAACUAUCACCAGGUCUGACACAUUGGGCCAUAUCCUGCCCACGCUGGGGAAAGACUGGACCCACCAGGGCAUUGCACACCUCUACCACAAAGUCAGCCAAAAUGGCUACAAGUUCCUAUACUGCUCAGCUCGUGCUAUUGGCAUGGCUGACAUGACCAGAGGAUACCUCCACUGGGUCAAUGAGAGAGGCACCAUGCUUCCUAUGGGCCCCGUUCUUCUGAGCCCCAGCAGCCUCUUUUCAGCCCUGCACAGGGAGGUGAUUGAGAAGAAACCAGAGAAGUUCAAGGUGGAGUGUCUGACUGAUAUCAAGAACCUCUUCUACCCCAACACACAGCCUUUCUACGCAGCGUUUGGCAACAGGCCGACGGAUGUAUACUCCUAUAAAGAGGUAGGAGUGCCACUGAACAGGAUUUUUACAGUCAACCCCAAAGGUGAGCUGGUGCAGGAGCACGCAAAGACCAACAUCUCAUCCUACGCACGUCUGGGCGAGGUGGUGGACCACGUGUUCCCCCUGAAGAUGAGGGCCUCCUCCUCAGACUUCCCCUGCUCGGACACCUACAGCCACUUCACCUACUGGAGGGAGCAGCUCCCCCGGGUGGAUCAUCAGGGAACUACACCUCCACACACUCCCACCCCAAGCAGCUGACGGUCUGCAGCCUGCUGCUGAGCGACUCCCAGCUGGGGGCCGGAGCACUGAUUGACUGACUGAAGGUGCACUUGAGAUGUAGCAGUUGUGUGGAGGUCAAUGGUUGCGUGUGUGAUAUGUAUUUGUAGAUUUUUGUAAUUUGUAGAUGGAACACUUUUUUAAUGCACAGCAGAGGGUCAACUCAGUAGGCCGACCUGCUGUGAAUAGUCUUAUAACGCACAAUAUGGAUGUAAGCGCACUUUUAUCUAAAGGUGGCCUCUGUGGUCAUCUGACUAGAUGUAUGUAUAUGAAAAUUAUAAUAAUUUAUUCAGGCAGCUUAGCACAUAUAUUAUUUUGAGUGUUGACAUUAUUUUAGUAGCUAUACUUUCUAUUUAUGCACAUGAUUUCAUACGAUAUUUAACAGACAUCAUCUGUUAAUAAGUGCUUCAUACAGAACACAACCAUACUGUGCAUACUUCAGAGAGCAAGUUACUUAAACUUGUGCCAAAUCUAGAAUUUAUUUUCUUACUCUGAACAUUUUCAGUCAAGACUGUUAUAGAUCAUCAAUCAGUGUAGAAAUGCAAAUGAACACAUGCACGUUAGUUUUACGUUAGCUACAUUUGUGUUAUUCUGUUUGACAGAAAUCAAUCAAGUCAGUAUUAAUUAUUAGUACAUUGAAAUGUAUCAGAGCACAAUGAAUGAAUGAGUGUGUAUGUAGCUUUGUUAGCUAACAAAAGGUUUGUUAUAAAGAGGGUUAAAUGAAUAUUUAUUGUUGAAAGUGAUGCUGACUGGAACAGAAAGCACAACCUUUAUAAUCGUCAUAACCAUCAGUUUACUCUAAAAAGUCAAUCAUUCUGUACCUGUGAGAAGAAUUGCUCAGUCAUUUUGUUUUUCUAUGCAAGUCACUGUGUGAGUGUGUCUUGAUCAAAAUGUCAUUCUUGUGGUGGCCUUCAUGAAACACCUUUUAAUUUAUUUAUACACUUCAAGUUCAUACAGAAACACACUGUUAACGUGACCCACUCUCUAAGAUUACACUUAGGUUUCAAAAGGUAUGUUUUAUUUAUUUCUAAAAAUCAUCUGACUGCAGCUUUCCAUUGGUUCCUUUACUGUAUUGUUACUGCCAUUCCUCGUGGAAUAUCACUUAUAGCAAAACCCUACUCUGAAAAUCCUCCACAGCCACAGGAUUUAAAUGGAUGUCUGACCUUUUUUUCUAAGUUCCAGAUAUUUGAAGAGGGAUCCUUAUUUCUCAUACCACAGACAAUAUGAGGUCAUUAAUGUGAGCUGCUAUCAUGGUGAUCUGUAUCAGUGGAUGUAUUAUGAACAAAAACCAUGUGACUAGUAUCAUAAUGUUACAAUAGGUGUGAGUAAGCCUAUAGUUUAUGAGAGGAUGUGUAUAUAAUGCUUUAAUAUUGUUAUUAUUCUUUCCAUGAAAGAGCUAAAAUAGCUGUGAACAUGAUCAGUAAUUUACUCAUUCACUCCCUCCAUCCCUUUUCCUGACCAGUUCGCUGUUAAAUUAAUGUAAUCAAACUCAAUAAAAAUGCCUUGAUACAGCA